UGGAAAGGAGAGGACCACCAAGAGGGGCACAAUGUAGUAGAGUAGUGAAACUGCUCCUAGCCACCGCCUCAGAGUCAGAGGAACAGGCAGUAACUGUGUAACACAUUUGAAAAUGGCAUACCUGCUUAUGUUUGUGACCCUGCUGCAUCUCAUCACUCUGGCCAUGCUGUUCAUUGCAACCAUGGAGAAGUCGUGGUGGGUGUGGGACGGCAUGGAGAACUCAGACCUAUGGUACAACUGCAGGUUUGACAACUCCACAGGAACCUGGCUUUGUUCUUCCUCCAAAGAAACUGAGUGGCUGCAGGCCGUUCAGGUGCUGAUGGUUCUCUCCGUGGUCUUCUCUUCCAUCUCCUUCUUGGUGUUCCUGGGUCAGCUGUUCACCAUGUCUAAGGGGGGACUCUUCUAUUUCACUGGACUGUGUCAAGUCUUUGCAGGCCUCACAGUGUUUUCCGCAGCGCUCAUCUACACGCUGCACAAGAAGGAAAUCCUUCCUACCUCCAAAGAGCUGACUUCAGGACACUUUGGCUACUGCUUCAUCCUGGCCUGGGUGUGUGUGCCUCUGUUGCUGUGUAGUGGCAUCAUAUAUAUCCACCUGCGUAAAAAAGAGUGACCAGAAACAUGAACACAUCAUCAGCAGCAGCUAGGAAAGAAAAAAAAACAUAGUGAACAAACUUGUGCCUAUGUGAUGUGAUGAUGUGUUUUUGGAUCUUAGAUAUAUGUAUAUCAGAAAAAAAGGAUCAAGUAUUUUUAAGAUAGCAAUGAAUUAUCUGCAUAAAUGAAGGCUUAUCUUCUGUUUUAAGGCAUUUUCCUGUUUGUUUGUGUUUUCUACUGUUAUUGUAUAUUGACAAAGGAAGACAAAUAUGAAAGAACAAUUCUCUUUUUUAUUAUUAUUUUAGCAUUGUAGGGCUAAUACGGCAUUUUCCUUCAAAUAUAUCUAUUUAAUCAGUGCUCUUGACAAAAUCAUCGAUUAGGACAAUGUUGUGUUGUCAAUUUAUUGUCCCAGUGUAUUUUAAGUACACUUAUUGUUUAAAAAUUUUUUACUAAAUAAAAGUCACUUUUGAUACCAA